AUGGCCGAUAUCACCGAUCCCUCAACUGGUCUCGAUCAUCCCUCUCCCGGAGAUGAUCUCACUGGCAAUGGUGUCGAUUCUCGAGGCACAAAGAGACAAAGAACUUCAAUGGCCGGUGAUGACGAUGACGAUGACGACGAGAAGGGUGGACGAGAGCGCAGAAAGAUCGAGAUCAAGUUCAUUCAAGAUAAAUCACGUCGUCACAUCACCUUCUCCAAGAGAAAAGCCGGUAUUAUGAAAAAGGCUUAUGAACUGUCGGUGCUCACCGGUACCCAAGUUCUCCUUCUGGUUGUCUCUGAGACCGGCCUUGUCUACACCUUCACUACUCCUAAGCUCCAACCACUUGUCACCAAGGCUGAAGGCAAGAACCUCAUUCAAGCAUGCUUGAAUGCACCCGAACCUUCCGGUAACGAGAAUGGUGUUGACGCCGCUGACGACGUCGCCUCACCUGAUGACGUGCCCUCCAUGCCCCCAACAGCUGCGGGAAUGCCCCGAGCAGCCCCUCAUGGCGGUUACAUGACUCAAGAACAACAGCAGCAAGCGCUGUACUACCAGCAAUUGCAACAGCAAAACCAGGGCGGUCAAUACGCCGGUAUCCCACAAAUGCCUCAGCAUCAACGUGCAUGA